GUCAUUUUCGCGAACGAAAGUGGGUUGAAGUGAAGAUAAGUGGGUGUUCAUGUUCAAUACAACUAACAAAUAAACAGCUAAAUACCGGAAUUUACAGUUAUGAACUCCUGAAAAACAACGAUGGAAGGGCUACCUUCGGGUGAUAUACAGGCGAAGUACCAAAAAUUGGCGGCGGAGUAUUCUAAAUUGCGGGUGCAUGUCAAGGUGCUAAAGAAAGGUGUUUUAGAUGAACAGGCUAAGUCGAAUGAACUGCGAGAAACGCUCAAGGAUAAGGAGAAAUCUUUGAGAAAAGGGGAGUUGGAGAUAGAUUCGUUGACAUUCAGAAACCAGCAGUUGACGCGGCGGGUGUCCGUCCUUCAGGAUGAACUCGACGCGUUGCAGCUAAAAUUGACAAAGAAAUCAAAAAACAAGAAUGAUGACAAACAACAGGCAACAGCAAGUAGUGCAGCUGCAUUAGACUCUGGACUUCUACAAGAAGAACUGCAGAAGAAAAUUAUUGAAAAUGCACAGUAUGCUUCACAGCUGUCAGACAAAGUAUUUGAAGUAUCUCAGCUUAGAGCAUCGCUUGAGGACUACCAGAGACUUAUAAGUGAGAGUGACAAUAAAUAUAAAUGUGAGAUAGCCAAGUUGAAGAAUAAGAACCAGGAGUUACAGUACUCACUUGAGGAGGCGCAGAGGGAAAGGAUAGGUGGCACUCCGAAUAAAAUACACCUGGCUACUAGCAGUCAGACUGCAAGCUGUAAUGGAGACUUUUUGUCUGAAGGAGGGAGUUUGGUGGGUAGUGAAGAUGCGCUUAGUUCUGUAGAAGAUAUAAAUGUAACUGAGCAGCUCAGUAUAAAGGCACAUUCAUUAGAACAGGAAAACCAAAAACUAAAAAUGGAGUUUGAAAUGCUUCGAAUGGAAAAUGAGAGUCUGAAACUAGAAGUAGCAAAGUAUGUGUCCGCUUCUCAGAGGCGGAGAGGUGAUGGUCAUGAUUCAGGUGACUUCAACACUUUUGGGGAGACCUCAGUCGAUGCUGAGGGUAGGGUCACAGGUCUUCUGGGUAGUCUACAGGUACCUUUCCUUCUCACCCAGGAAAUUGAGACACGGGAAGAAAGAAUGAAAACAUACUUUAGGAAUAAGAUUAGCGAACUGAAGAUAGAAAAAGAAGAACUAAAGAGUAAGACUGAACAUUAUGUUAAAGAGUGUGAGAUGCUGCGUCUCCGGUUCGAGGAGAUGGAGAAAGAGAAACAGAGCAACGAGCACACGUUGAGCGAGAAACACAACACUAUCAGCAGACUGGAAGAAGAGCUUCAUUCGACGUCGCACAACUAUGAGGAACAGAUGUCAGUUCUGACGGAACACGUCGCUGGCCUCAACGAGCAACUCACGCGACAACACGACGAGAUACAACAUCUUAAACAUGCGCUCAACACCAGGAAGAAGUAGCCAGGUAGCUGCAAGGACGAGGGUGAAAGGUGAUUUGAACUUUA